CCGCCCCUUCCAUGUCUCUAGAUCUUGGAGAUGAUUGUCUCCAACAAGACUCCUAUUGCAACCCCAAGAAACCUCGAAAAAGAGAGUCGUGCUGGCUCUGCAGCACCUAGCCGCUCCAAGCUCGUCCGGCCAAAGUCGGCUCGUCCAACCCGCGAGAGCGGCUUCCCGGUGGCAUCGGACUUUAGCGACUUUGGCUCAGAAAGUGGAUACACCGAGUUUGAUAACGAUUCCACCAUGAGCGAGGAGCAAGGACUUGGUCUUGAGGCAGGGUCAUCCGCCAGUGCCGAGCCCAUGCGCUCACUGAAGGAAGGCGAGGAAGACGAGGACGAGAGCUUGACCUUGACCAAGCUCAACGAAGUGAUAUCUCGAGACGAAACCAUGAGUCCCCGCCUGUCCCAGCUCCUCUUUUCAGCGAGCCAACAACCACUGCCUCCCAGUCGAUCAGCUACCGCGGCUUCCCUUCGUUCAAGCCGUGCCGGAAGCGCACGAAGCCUCCACUCCAAGGAGAGCGAAAAGCCGGCCCCUCUGGAGACUGCUGCCCAGACGGUGCCGCCUGCAAGCCGCUCGGCGAGCCAGCCCGUGAUCUCUCGAGCAGCCAGCAUGCAGAGUGUGCAUUCUCUGCGCGAGCAAGUCCUCUUGAAACAAGGAAGUCGAGCUAGCCAAGGCUCCAUUCAUGAUUCAAGCCUCUCGCGACCAAUCAGCAGACCACAAAGUGCUCAUAGCCUUGGCCCUGCAAAGACACCUCCAACAAGGGAGGAUAGCUUUUUCCGAGCUCAGCACGCUCCUUUGCCAUCGAGCCGAGGUUCGCGUGCCGAGCUGGAUCCUUUGGUGACGGAAUCCAGUGUCGGGGUUGUUCCAGAGGCAACCGUAGUAUCCUCUGCCCCACCAGAUUCCGACGACAUUCAGGAGAUCAUCGAGUCUCAUCGAGGAUCAGAGACCAAUGCCCUCAGUCUCACAAAUAUCGGCGCAUCUGCUGCUGUGGCUGCCUCGGUCAGCACCAUGGGUCCAUCCAGUGGCCGCCUCAGCCGACAUACAAGUGUGGGAAGCAACAAGAUGGCUCGCGAAAGUAGUAUUGCGAGAGAAGCCUCUCAACGAGAGCUCUACGACCGCGCCAUGACCACAGCUCUGCCACCAAGCCGUGCCUCGACUAAACUGUCGCUGGAGGCUCUCCGAGAGAGUCAAAAGUCCCUUCAGCAUCUGUCCGACCAGCAGCCGCAGCCACAGCAGCCACAGCAACCGCAACAACCGCAACAACAGCAGCCACAGCAGCAUCAGGAGCGCCAAACGAAGCGGCAGCAGUCGCGAGAGUCAAGCUCGCAGGUGCUCUAUCGCGACGACAGUUUCGCUCGUGCCCAGAGAGCCGAGCUGCCCACCAGUCGUGCAUCCAGCCGAUUCAGUCUUGUAUCUAAGGACACCGGCUCUCAUCAAGUUAUUCGCCAGGAAAGUAAUCAGCAGGUCGCUGCUCUGGCAAGCAGUCAGAUGGCAAGCCAGCAGACGAUUGAAAUGGAGGAUACCCCGGCGCUCGCUCAGCACAAGGUUCAGACGCCAAGUGCUCGGUCGAGCCAUCCCAGCAUGGCGACCGUGCCGCUCACCGACAUGGCCGCAUAUGGUGCCUCGACAGACAAGUCCACCGAAACUGUGACCCUGGAUCGAGUAGCAGGUGCCUCCAAGACUUCAUUGCAGCCCCUUUCUGAGAGCAACAUGGAUCAAUCGGCUCUCUCGAGUGGCGGAUUUGUUCCCGUCCGACCUCAGGACUCUGUCAUAUCAAGCCGGGACAUUGACGAUUCUCCGGCACUCAUAACUGAGCACACUGCAGCUCCUGAGGCCCAACCAAGCUCCGAUGCCCUUUCGCAUCCCCCCACCAAGGGUGACUCGGUGUCUCGUCUUGUGGAAGAUGGACGCAGCAGGCCGCUCCCAGAGAGCAAGUUGGUCAGCCUGAGCUCUGUUUAUGACACAAGCGAAGGAGCGCGGUCUGAGCCCGAGGCUCCUCGCGAAUCAAGAUCGUCACUUGGUCGGGCCCAAAGGGCCCCGUUGCCCCCGAGCGUGGCCGGCAGCGUCCGCACCUCCUUGACUAGUGUCGGGUUGGCAAAGUCUGUAUCGCCAAUGUCGGCGAGCCCACGAGAGCCCGAGGCAGCGAACCAAGAUGAGUCGGCAUACGAAGAGCAGUUAUCAUCUGGAGCCCAUGUCACAUCCACCUCGAGAAGCUCCAUCGUCUCUGAAGGCUCGAGAGCCCUUCGAGUCGCUCAGCAGACCAUGCUGCCUGAUAGCCGCUCGACCACAGUGGCUACAAUGAGUCCUCCGCCCGAGACGACUUCGGUACCCGAAUCAACGGGUGUGAUCGAAAACGACAACAUUGACAAAGCUUCCGAGUUAAUCGAGCCUUCGGAGGCCAGGCCGGCCGCCUCCCAACUUGAGAAAGUGGCUUCCAAGCUAAGCGAUCUCGAGCUUGCUCGGCGUGCUCCUCUUCCUGCCAGCCGUGCAUCAUCAAUCAAUACGCUGCGUCAGACCAGGUCGCUCACGGGCUCACAGCUGAUGUCUUUGGGACAAGAAGCCGCGCUCCCAGUAAGCCAAGUCAGCUUGGCCCACAUCCCGGCCGAUACAGCACGCCCCUCUGCAUCAGCAAAGGAAGCAAUCGGGGAUGGGCAGCUGAUGGCAAUCGCUCGAAACGUCGAACUACCAGUCAGUGCCCCACUGAGCUCGGCUCCUAGUCAGAGAGCGAGCAUUUCUCUUUCGGCAGCUCGCAUUGACGACCAAGUCACAGAACACGAGGUAUCGCCAAGCGCUGAGUCCAGAGCGGAUGUCGAGAUCGCCACUGCGACCCAUUCUGGUGCCGACGAAGCUCAGUUAGAAUAUGAAGCCGACUUUCACGACGACGCGGAGCCGCCGAUGCAGAGUGAAGUCACCGAGUCUCAAGUGUUUGCGACUGCACAACAAGUUUCGCUUCCGCCAAGCUCCAGGGCGAGCUUUGCUGGCGUGCAGAAGGUACCCUCGCAGCCAGCCCUCUCGGAACAAGCGACCAGCCAGAGUGGAAGGGCAAGCAAGAGCGACCUUGGCAAGCAGCCCGCUGAUCAGCCGACUGCCUCCGAAAAGUCGGCAGAAUCUGCUGCCCUGGACGAAUUCAGUGCUGUACAAAGUACGAUUGAUACGGUUCUGCGAACCGAUUCUGAAGUACUACGUCUUGCCUCGGAGCAACCUCUUCCCGACAGCCACGCCACCAGUCUUGUGGAUCUCGGCAGUGUUCGCGGGCACUCUGAGGAAGCACAUAUCCAGGAUGUUCCUACGACCGAGACUGUGGCUGUGCUCAACCAAUUUUCCGAGUCAGCCAGAGACUCGCAGACUUUCCACAAAGCACAAGCGACCGCUCUUCCACCCAGCCAUGCCGAGAGCCUUCGCUCUCUAUCCUCCAGUCGAGCAGCGAGCACAACCCAACGCACACUAAUUGGGUCAACGGAAUCUCCAAUGCUCGACCAGGCGGCUGCCGUUCCUUUACCAGCGAGCGCUAUGAUGAGCAGACAGUCCAUCGCCAAUGUCGCCGACACCACUGACUCUACCACAAGGGCAUCAGCCAGCGGCAUCGAGCGAACUCUCUCGGAGGAUUUGAAGCAGGCGCAUCGGGAUUCCACCGAAAUUAAACGACAACCAUCGCGAGACAGCUUCGUUCGCGCUCAGCAUGCACCUCUCCCCGAAAGUCGCUUGCUCAGUCGAACAUCCAUCAGUUCCACAGAGCCAGUUGAGCCGGCUGCCAGGGUCGAACCAGCGCUGCAGCAAGCUGACUCAGAGAAAGGCACUGCCAAGACGCAAGACAUACACGAAAGCGCUGAAGCUGUACCUGUGCGAGCAUCAGAAGCCAGGAAGUCUACAUCAUCUCUUGGCAAGCACUCAUCUGUGCACCGAAUCGACUCGACCCCACAACUCCGCGAUUCACAUACCAUGGCGCAUGCACAACAAGUACCCCUGCCCGAGAGCCGUGUCGAGAGCCGUGCCGCGAGCCGUGUCGCCAGCCGUACCGUGAGUCGGCAGUCGUUAUCCAGACAACACUCGGCCAAGAGCUUGGCUGGCGAUGCAGGUGCAGCCCAAGGGGAAGUCAGUGUCCUACCAGAAAGCACAGCGGCUAAGUUUGGCGAACCAGUGUCGGUCGAGUCUGUCGAUCCAUAUUCUGUCCCGCUUCCAGAGAGCGAGCCGCUGAGCCGCUCGUCGGUGACGAGUGCUCGCAAGUCGAUUGGGUCACGCCAGAGCCUGAGCUCGAAGUCGGUCAUGGCGGGCAGCAAGCAUAUCGAGCAGGAAACCUUGGGCGGCACGCCCGAAGCAGUGAUACCCCCUUCGUCCACACAGACAGGCGCCCUUGGCUCGAGCGAUUUCAGGCUCGCCCAGGAAACAGCACUUCCGCAGAGCUCCCGGGUCAGCCUGGCAUUGCUUGCAGAUGCCCCAGCGCAGGACCGGCGCAGUUCAUCCCAGAGUAUCAAGGGCGAAGUGCGCAAUGACGAGAUCGCGACCCAAUCGCAAGUGCAGACUCAAAGUCAAUCCCAUAGCCAGACUCACAGCCAAGCGCAGAGCAAAGCACAGAGUCGGGCUCAGAGUCGGACUCAAAGCCGGACCCAGUCGUUUGCAGAGGCAGCACCAACUCCAGAGCCGCAAGUAUUUGAGCAGAAAAGCCGUUCAUCGGCGUCGCUUCAAGACCCGGACAUACUCAUGGCUCAGAGGACAGCACUUCCUGAGAGCCGUGCAACGAGCCGCGCUUCUCUUGGUGAGAGACCAGCAAGCCGUCAGGCCAGCCGGAGCUCAGUCUCAGCCAAAGCAGCAGAGACGGUGACCCAAGGCCCAGCAGGAAUCCCCCACGAUACGCAAGCGAUUGAAGCUGCUGCUGCGACGACACUCCCACCCAGUCGCAUAGCCAGCGUGGGAUCCAUGGUCGAGUCUGACAUGGCGCCAGCUCCAGUCGCGGAGAGCCAUAAGCCCCAAGAGCAUGACUCUGCUUUGGAGGCAUCCAGUGACCCCAUAGGGUCGGCAGCUCCUGUGCCGGCUACCGCCAGCCAGCCUCGCUCUCGACAGGAAAGUGAGCGUAACAAAGUAACGCAAUCGUCCAAUGCUCGGUUGAGCCACAGCCAUUCAGAUCUCGACCGUGCCCGCAACAUCCAUCUGCCGCCAAGUACCAUGACAAGCAUGCACUCCGUCAAGUCGGUUGAGCGAUUGCCCGAGACUUCUGAGGCAGUGGCGGCGCACACUGGCAGUGCCCCGCAGUCCAAGCACUCAUCUCGCCAGCACUCUUUGCGCCAAGUCCAGCCCGAGCAAGCGCAACCCAGCCGAUCCGUGAGCCAAAGCUCUCUCAAAUCUGCUUCGAAAGCCACAGCAGAGCAAGCUACUCCUGCCGAGCUUCAAUCGCGCCGCAGCACCAGUCAGCAUACGAUCGUGGAUGAGAGUUUGCCCCAAACACAGGCAAAGUCCAAAGGAGACUUGACCAGGCUCUCACAGAGCGCCAGUCGUGCAUCAUCCUCUGCAGCCCUCCCAACAGAGGCGCAACCAUCGGUCUCGCAGCCGGACGGUCAUGCGCCUGUUUCAAAGUCGAGCAGUCAGGCGUCGAUUCGAAAGAUCGAAUCCAAGCCGAGAACACCGCAGAGACAGGAGUCGGAUUCGCGGCUCCUGAAACAGGGGCAGGAAGCACCACUUCCCGAGAGCAGAACCUCGGUCGCAAGCGCUCUACGGGCUCGUGAGCCAAGUCAUGAAAGCGUCGAAGGCUCAAGAUCCUCUCGGCCAAUCUCACGGGCCGCCAGCAGCCAGAGCGUGGGCUCUAAUGGCGGACAGGCUCGCGCCGCCGAGACAUCGGCCCCGGAAGCAUCGACGACCAGGCUGCCCAGCAAAUCCUCCAGCCGGACCAGUCUGCCGGCUGAGCCAGCUGUGCGUCAGCCGGAAGCACGAGUGUCCCGCAGUAGCUCGCUGAAGAUGGACAGCGCCGCUUCCUCUGAGCCAAAGCCGCCAGCGAUGCAGCCGUCAGAAUCUACAAUGCGGAUAGCGAUGAAUUCAUCCCUGCCGCCGAGCCGAGCGAGCCUUUCAGAAACCAGCGAGUCGCGGCGCCAAAGCUUGACGACACACACGGCGAGGGCCAAGGUUGAUGAAGCAGCUGUCGCCAACCACUCGCCGGUUGCAGAGACCGUCCAAAUGAGCAAAGCAAGCCACGGCGAGGUCGUCCGCAGCAAGGCAGAGCUGACAUCGAGCACCUUUGAGCUCGCCAAAAUACGGCCACUGCCAGAGAGUCGAGCCAUGAGCAUGGAUUCGCUCGUGAAGGGCGGGUCUCAAUCGAACUUGGCCAAGCGUGGAUCCAGGCCAGGCAGCCGAGCCUCGCUCUACAAGAAUGCUCCCGACUACAACAGCGUCUACUAUGUUCCGCUCAAGCCAGGGCCAGAGGAGCCGCACCAUGCUAGCUCCUCAAAGGCACCAAGCCGCUCAAUGAGCAGAGAGUCCGUCCGAUCGCAAGAGCGGGGCAAGGAGCCGUCGCUGCCCAACAAGCCACUGUCCCGACCAGCAUCCACCGGGUCUCUGAGCAAAGCAGCCAAUGUACCGCUGCCCAACAGCACCUCCCAGCUCCAACUCGAGACACCCUAAGCAGCAGCAUGUGUCUCUCAGAGCAGGGCGUUCUUCUUUUAGCGCGCAUGAACCGAAACGGGGGCACCCUGUUUUGCCUUCGCUAAUCACUUUGUUUUCUGGGAUGUGAAUACACUCGCCCAU